GCCAGAGCGCCGCCGGAAGUCGAGGGCGGGACCGGAAGUGGCGGGCGCUAUAAAAGCAGCGCGCAGGCGCCCGCGGCCUCUUUCGGGCGCGCGGCGAGGUCCCGGAGCCGCCAUGGGCCGCCGGCCGGCGCGAUGUUACCGCUACUGCAAGAACAAACCCUACCCCAAGUCCCGCUUCUGCCGGGGGGUCCCGGACCCAAAAAUCCGAAUUUUCGACCUGGGCCGGAAAAAAGCCAAAGUGGACGAGUUCCCCCUGUGCGGGCACAUGGUGUCGGACGAGUACGAGCAGCUCAGCUCCGAGGCGCUGGAGGCCGCCCGGAUCUGCGCUAACAAGUACAUGGUGAAGAGCUGCGGCAGGGACCUAAAAAAUGCAAACUUUUGCCUAAAAAAUCCAAAAUUCCACCUAAAAUCCCCAAUAUUGAACCUAAACCCCCCGAAUUUAUUCUAUAACCCUCAAAUUUCACUCCAGACCGGCAUGCGCGGCGCCUUCGGGAAGUCGCAGGGCACGGUGGUGCGUGUGCAUUGUCAGCUCCAGUCCGGGAUGCGCGGCGCGUUCAGGAAGCCGCAGGGCACAGUGGCCCCGGUGCACUGUCAGCUCCAGUCCGGGAUGCGCGGCGCCUUCGGGAAGCCGCAGGGCACGGUGGCCCCGGUGCACUCUGUGUCUGUAAUUGGGUCUGGGGUCUCUAAUUGGGUCUGGGGUCUCUCCCCCAGGCUGCAGACCGGCAUGCGCGGCGCCUUCGGGAAGCCGCAGGGCACGGUGGCGCGCGUGCACAUCGGCCAGGUGAUCAUGUCCAUCCGCACCAAGGCGCAGAACAAGGAGCACGUGGUGGAGGCGCUCAGGAGAGCCAAGUUCAAGUUCCCGGGGCGGCAGAAGAUCCACAUCUCCAAGAAAUGGGGCUUCACCAAGUUCAACGCCGACGCCUUCGAGGAGAUGGUGGCGCAGAAGCGCCUGAUCCCCGACGGCUGCGGCGUCAAGUACGUCCCGUCCCGGGGGCCCCUGGAUCGCUGGAGGGCCCUGCACGCCUGA